UUCAGUUUGGUAUAAUUGUAGUAUCGACAUGAGUUCCGACUAUGAAAGUGUGGAUUCUGAUGUAGAGCUUGCUGCAAUACAAACCCUAGUACCCGCUAAAUCCCGCAAUAGAUGCGAAAAAGAAUAUAAGCGAUUCGAAGACUGGUGCAGUUCAAAAAAAGUCCGUGAUAUAUCGGAGAAAAUUUUAUCAGCUUAUUUUGCUGGGAAAGCUGAAAAAGAAAAGGAAAAUAUACACAGAUUUUUGAAAGAAGCCAAUGAUGAUCAAUUCUUGAUGAUGAAGGUUUCCUUAAUCGUGGGUGUGUUUGACGCCUGCCGAAGAGAAGAAUUUAUAAAGUUAAAAAUUGGUGAUGUAGUGGACGAUUUAACGUUCAUAACGAUCAAAAUACCGAAUACUAAAACUAAAAUUCAAGAAGAAUUUGCUAUUACUAGAGGAAACAUCGCUGAAACGGAAAAUGCUUUUCUCAACCAAUCAAUACUUUUGGGCGCAUUACAAAAUAAAUAG